GCGCUGCCUGUCAUCGGCCCCUCUUACCAAAACAUGUAGGAAACGUGACCGCUUGUGGUGUUAAAGCAACAUUUUGCACGAAUUCAGUGUUUUAUUUGUUCUCUUGCUUAAUUAGUCUGAAAUAAGAAGAAUAAUAAUGUGCCAAUGCUAAUACAGUCUGUGUAAUUAGACUAAAAGGAGAUCAACAUUACAGGAGAAACAUUUGGAAAAGCUGCUGGACACGAUGGGAGCUGAACAGAGCGGCGAUGCUGAGCAUAAACAUUCAGACUACAGUGCAUCAGUUGUGCCGUCACCAGCGAAGCACAGAGCAAAAAUGGAUGACAUCGUGGUGGUUGCUCAGGGAACGCAGUCUUUACGUAACAUCCACAACGACCCCGACGUCAUCAAGCUUCAGGAGAUUCCCACGUUUCAGCCUCUGCUCAAGGGUGUCCUGAGCGGUCAGACGUCCCCCAGCACUUUGUCUCUGGAGAAGCUGGACUCUGUGCAGGUGCUGCAGCUGUGUUUACGCUACCAGGAUCACCUGCAUCAGUGUGCCGAGGCCGUAGCCUUCGACCAGAACGCUCUGGUCAAGAGGAUCAAAGAGAUGGACCUGUCGGUGGAGGCGCUCUUCAGCAUCAUGCAGGACAGGCAGAAGCGCUACGCCAAAUAUGCCGAGCAGAUUCAGAAGGUGAAUGAGAUGUCCAUGAUCCUGCGAAGGAUUCAGAUGGGCAUCGACCAGACCGUGCCCCUGAUGGAGCGCCUGAACAACCUGCUACCCGAGAGCGAGCGACUAGAGCCGUUCAGCAUGAAGCCUGAUGCCGAGCUCAAGUAGACUUCAAACCGCUCCAACGUCAAAAUCCUGUGUAAAUAGAAAAUUACGUUUUCGAAAAGAAAAUUAACUUUCCAGAUAUAAUCGUGCAGUUUCAGAGCAUCUUGAAAAGUCACGUCGGUGAUAAUUUGCACUCGCGGGUCUAGAUGUGAUGUCACUCGUCCGACCGUACGGUCACGUUUUACACGUUUACAUGUUUCAGUGUUUGUGAAUGUUUUGUCCUCUGCAGCUGAAUGUCGUAAUACAAAGUGAAGCUUGUUACUGAUUGCUUUUUAGAUUCCAUUACAGCAGUAAUUAUUGAGUUGUUACUGAGAUCAUGGACAGACGCAGAUGCUGAGAUAUUUAAUUUGUGAAAAUUAAACUUUUAUGUUUGUGUGUAAAA